UCCUUCUAAAGUGUUUUUGUCAUCUGCUAGAUUUCCUGUAAAGAUGAGCCGCAUUUUAACUGAAGUUUUGAGGGCAUUUUCAGGAAUUACUAAAUGUCAACAGUUGAAAAUACAUUAUAUGGGAUGCACGAGGCGGUACGCCUCAUCGAGUGCAGAAAAACGCACCUGUUUGUAUGACUUCCAUGUCAAAAAUGGUGCAAAGAUGGUACCAUUCGGUGGAUGGGAGAUGCCGGUCAUGUAUGCACAACAAGGGGUUUCAGCUUCUCACUUACACGUUCGAUCAGAAGUAGGACUCUUUGAUGUCUCCCACAUGUUACAGACAAAAUUUACUGGCAAAGACAGUGUGGCCUUCAUAGAGAGUCUGGUUGUUGGUGAUAUAGCAGCACUAAAAGAGAACCAGGGAACACUUUCUCUGCUCACCGAUACUACAGGGGGAAUCAUUGAUGAUCUCAUCGUCUCUAAAACCUACCAAGGAUACGUAUAUGUGGUAUCUAAUGCAGGAUGUGCAGAAAAGGACUUGGAUCAUAUAAAGAAAAAUCUUGCAGAAUCUCAGGGAAAAGGCAUGGAUGUUAACAUGGAGGUGAUUGAUAAUGGACUACUUGCACUUCAGGGUCCUAAAAUGGCAAAAGUACUACAAACUGGAUUGGACUUUGACCUAUCAACUCUUCCAUUUAUGACCAACAUCCUGGCAACAGUUUUUGGUGUCCCUGAGUGUAGAGUGACAAGGUGUGGUUAUACAGGGGAGGAUGGGGUGGAGAUAUCAGUGCCUGCUGACAGAGCGGAGGAACUGGCUAAUGCUCUGAUAAGUUCUGAUGCAGCAAAAGUAUGCCUGGCUGGUCUUGGUGCUAGAGACAGUCUUCGUCUGGAAGCAGGACUUUGUCUCUAUGGCAACGAUAUUGACGAGGAAACAACUCCAGUAGAAGCUAGCCUUUUAUGGACUAUAGGCAAGCGGCGAAGAGCAGAAGCUAACUUUCCUGGAGCUGAUAUUAUCUUAAAACAGAUUAAGAACAAGCCUAAAUCUAAACGUGUUGGUUUUCUUUCAACUGGUGCUCCAGCCAGAGCUGGCACUUUGGUGUAUGACGAGACUGGAGAUCGCGUCCUUGGCAAACUGACCAGUGGCUGUCCUUCACCUUCUCUCAGCAAAAAUGUCUCCAUGGGCUACAUUGAAACACCAUAUGCCAAAGUUGGAACCAAUGUUAAAUUUGAAGUCCGGAAAAAACUUAUCAAUGCAACAAUCUCAAAAAUGCCAUUUCUUCCUGCAAAUUACUUCACAUGAACAUUUUAUGGUCCCACCGACCCAUCUCGCCAACAUGUAAUGUCUGUCUUUCAGCAGCUGUACAAGUGUUAAUUUGUUCACCUUUCCCAGUAUAUGCCAGCCACAAAAUGGAUUUUAUUUUACAAAAUUUGGUUCAAAUGAUCAGAAUGACAGUGGAAUUUGAAUUUUUAAAUCAGAUUCAUAUUUGUAUAAAUUCAUAUUGUUUCGAAUCAACACUGGGUGAAACAUUAAGUGCCAUGGCUAGUUGGAAAAUUCAUGCAAGUGAUAAUAAGUUGAAAUAACUUUUUCCUUACUGAAGUAAAUACUCGUUCAAAUAAAAAAACUGCUGUUUUAAGCUAGAAAAUGUUUUGAAUGAAACCAGGUUAGCAAGAUAAGGUCCAUUUCUAUACUACUAUAGACCUUUUAUCUUACUUGCUACUGGUAUAGAGCAAUAUUUCUUGUUACUGUAUUAAUAAUCAAACAUUGAAGUAAGGUAGAGAAACAUUCUCAGGAGUUCAGUGAAAGUAUCUAUAAACAAACACCAACUGCAGUGCAUGAUUUAGUUGGAUAUUCUGAUAAAACAUUGACAGCAGAAUAAUCGUUUGAUUAAUUAAGAUACUGACAGCAGAUUAACUUGUAUUAUUUUAUAAAUUCCGUUAUAUGGGUAGGUUUGUUACAGGACAUAAGAGUAAGAUUUCCAUUGUGUUGUAAACCAAUAUCAACAAUCAAGUUGACUAGUCAUGAUUUUAAUCAUCUAUUUAUUGGCUCACCAAAGGCCAACAUAAAGAAGUAAUGGCAUGGCAUAACAUUUCCUUUAAAAAGCUUCUCCUUAAAUACAACUUGACAGAUUUUAACUAACUUCAGUAUGAUAGUAUGAAGCAUACCAGGGCCAAUAACGGCAAUCAUCCAAAUGACAUUUUGAGGUCGAAUUUUGGGGGUCAUGAAGAGAAGUUAGAUUUUUGUUUUCAUAUUUUAUAUAAAAUUACAGGAUUUUUUUAUUCAUAUUUCAAUUAUGAAUUUAAUUUGUUGAUUUGAGAAAUAUAUAUAUAUAUCAAUAGAUGUAAAAGUGAUUGAGGCUCCUAGGGGCUUACAUGAGUGGUAUUGUAUACAACCAUAUGCCUACAAGUGUAGUGAUAUUAACGUACCGGUAGGUUACCUUGUGUAUCUGAAGUGUAGGUCAUAAAAAGAUUGAAGUUAGGUAGAUUUAUUAGUCCUCUUUUUGCACAUUUUUGUCUCUUUUUACACCAGUUGUUUGUUUACCUUUGUUAUAAUCUGAACGAUAUUUUGUUUGUUAAAGAUCUUAUCAGUCCAUCAGUAGUGAAUGUACUUGUACAUGUUAAUACUAUUGAAAAGUCUCAAAAAUACCGAAGUGUUGACAGAAGAUGUUCCAUCAAAGUACUUAUAUAUAUAUAUAUAUCUGAUUACUUUAGCAAUAAUAAGGAUCUCGAACGUCAGGCUUGGAAAUCUCUCAAGAAGCUGAAAGUUGGAUUUUAUUCACUGUUACUUCACCAUUACAUUUAAUUUGGACCUGUAGUCAGUUUGAUGUUAAAAUGUUUUAGCUGUACAUGUAGUUAAACUUUUAUUUCUUGCUCUGAUACUUUUGCAUUGAUGUUGAAAAGCACUUAAUUAACAUAGUGUUGAAUUUGCAGAUUUAGUUAAUAAGGUAAAAAGUGUUACUAGACUGGAAAGAUUCACCUUGUGAAAAUAGCCCUGUUCACAAAAUACUGAUGUCACACAAUGCAAUUGGUACAUCUAUCUAUAUUUUAUGUUUGAUAUGUUUGAUGACAAAAUAUAAAAUUAUUUUAAUGAAAUUGUAUUAGUACAGUAUCAUGUGGGGUAAUACACUAUGAUUAAGAAAGCGUCUAUAUAAGUAUCACAGCCAUUGGUGAUACUUACAAAAUAAAUAAAAAAUGUAUUAAUCAACUGAUCAAAAAAGAUAAGCAACAUUUUCAUCCCGAUAUGUUGUGCUCUCUCACAGGCAGGAAAACCAGCAACUUUCAUUGCAGUAUGUCAGUACUGCAUGUACUUACACUUCUUACCCGGUAAGUUACUUAAGUCACCUGUCUACUUAUUGGACGUUAUGAAGUUUAUUGAUAUUCCUGGGAAUAAAAUCCUUACUGUAUCAAAUGAAAAUAUGGAGGCACGGUAGUCUAAUGGUAGGACGCAGAGCUCGUGACCGAAGGGUUGUGGGUUCGAGUCACGGCACGGCUCUGUGUUGUAUCUUUGAGCAAGAUACUUUACUCCACUUGCUCCAGUCUACUCGGCUGUAAAUAAGUACGGGUUGGGCAGAGCUAGAAUGGUAGAAUGCUAGCUGCGACAUAACGAUGAAAACAAUUGAAUGUGGAAUUUGGUGAUCAGUUGAUAACAUAGCAGGAAGAAACAAACAAUUUACUGAAUAGUCCAUUCUUAACAUCUCAAAUAAUAUAUGGGAUAAAAUAGCAUAAAGAUGUUUUUUUUUUACAUGUGUCUACUGUGUAUAAAUUAUUACAAAGUUCUACCUUUUGCAUUUAUAAUCCUCUGAGCUUGUGGUAGACUUUCUCCACUCCAUACUUAUGCAUUGAAAGAUUCAUUUCCUUGUAUUGAAAUGAAUCGUUUGAAUGGAUUGAAUACUUUUCAGUUGAUUAUGUAUUUUUUGUAAUUUAAGAAUAAAUUUGAACAUACAUUA